AAAAAAUGUACAGACACGCUGCCCGCAGCACCACCUCGAAAGCUGUUAAGCAAGCAACAACAGGUAGCGGCUUGAAGUUUUCCUCCUCUUCUACUUUCCAACACUCAACUUCUCAUCAACUUCUCCAACAGGAAUUUAUUGCAACUGCCAUGAGAUGUUAUGCUUCCUCCUCUGCUGUGAGUAAGGAUGAAUUGUUGUGUAGAGUUCAUUCAAUGGUGAGAGCCUAUAGAAAUUAUGGACAUUUGGAAGCUAAUAUUGAUCCUCUCGGAUUGAAUGUUCCUAAAAAAGGAACAACUAUUGAAUUAAAUCCCGGAGUUUAUCAUUUAAAGGAUAUAGAAUCAUUGGGAACUACACCAGUUGAUAUUGAUGGUAUUGUUCAUAUUGGUGAAAAGACCAUACCAAAGAAACAAGCAACCAUUCCUGAAAUUGUUGAUCACUUGAGAGAUGUUUAUUGUGGAAAUAUUGCUGCUCAAUUCUCUCACUUGGAAACUACAAAGGAACAAAUGUGGUUAUCUAAACAAUUGGAAUCAUUGCAAGCCGAUCACAUGACCAAUGAAGAACAAAAGAGAGCCAUGUCUUUAAUGGUUGAAAGUGAAGCUUUUGAUCAUUUCAUGGCUAAAAAGUUCCCAUCUGUUAAGAGAUAUGGUUUGGAAGGUUGUGAAUCAAUGAUUUAUGCUAUGGAUGUUGUUUUUGAAGAAUUGGCCAAUAGUGAUAUUUCCGAUAUUAUUUUGGGUAUGCCACACAGAGGUAGAUUAAAUCUCUUGACUGGUUUAUUGAAUUUCCCAACUAGAGCUCUCUUCCAUAAGGUUAAGGGAUAUAGUGAAUUCCCUGAGGAAUUGGUUGCCACUGGUGAUGUCUUGUCUCACCUUGGUGUUAGUACUGAACUUGAUUAUCAUAAUAAGAAGGUGCAACUCCAUCUCUUGAAUAAUCCAUCUCACCUUGAAGCUAUCAAUCCUGUUGCUCUUGGUAAGACUCGUGCCAAGCAAAGUCAUGGUUCUAAUGCUGCUUGUAUCUUAAUGCAUGGUGAUGCUUCAUUUGCUGGUCAAGGUAUCGUUGCUGAAACAUUUACCUUAUCUAGAUUGCCACUUUUCAGAACUGGUGGUACUAUUCACAUUAUUUUGAACAAUCAAAUUGGUUUCACAACCUCUCCAACUCUUUCCAGAAGUACAAGAUAUUCAGGAGAUGUUGGUAAAAUGGUUGGUUGUCCAAUUCUUGCUGUCAAUGCUGAAGAUGUUGAAGCUGUUAAGAAGGUUAUGAGCAUUUCUGCUAAAUACAGAAAUAAGUUCGCUAAGGAUAUUAUUGUUGAAUUGGUUGGUUAUAGAAGACAUGGUCACAAUGAAUUGGAUGAACCUGCAUUCACUCAACCAAAGAUGUACCAAGUUAUUAGAAAGAAGCCAACAUUCCCAGCUACCUACACUGAAGAUUUGAUUGGUAAGAAUAUUGUCACUACUGAAGAAGUUCAACAAAUCAAGGAUAAAUGUAAUCAAUAUUUGGAUGCUGAAUUCAAGGCAGUUGAAGGAUACAAGCCAGAAAAGCGUUAUUUCCUCGGAGAUUGGCAUAAUAUUAUUCAAGCUUCUGACUUUUCAAAGCUUUCUCUUCCAAUGACUGGUUACAAUAUUGAUAGACUGAAGGAAAUUGCCAUUUUCAGUGUCAAGAUUCCUGAAGGAUUUAAUGUUCACAAGCAUUUGGAAAAGCAUCACAUUGGUUCAAGAUUACAAGCUCUCCAAAAGGAUAAUAAGGAUGUUAAUGUUGAUUGGGCAACUGCUGAAGUUAUGGCCUUUGGUUCCCUCUUGGAUGAAGGUUAUACUGUCAGAUUGAGUGGUCAAGAUGUUAUCAGAGGUACUUUCAAUCAAAGACACUUGGAAUUUGUAGAUCAAGAAUCAGAAAAGAGAGUUCUCCCACUUUUGGAUGCCAUUCCAGGUGCUAGAGGAAGAUUUGAAUUGGCUCAAUCUCCACUUUCUGAAUUUGCUGUUAUGGGCUUUGAAUAUGGUUAUACUAUUGAUAAUCCAAACAAUUUCUCUGUCAAUGAAAUGCAAUUUGGUGACUUUUUUAAUGGUGCUCAAAUCAUCAUUGAUACUUUCAUCAAUUCUGGUGAAGACAAAUGGUGUUUAUGCAGUGGUAUGACUCUUCUCUUACCACAUGGUUAUGAUGGAGCUGGUCCAGAACAUUCAAGUGGUAGAAUUGAAAGAUUCCUCCAAUUAUGUGACAGUGAUAUUAACACUGACGAACUUGUUCAAAAGAGAGUUAAUAUGUGUGUUGUCAAUUGUACUACACCUGCUAAUUACUUCCACGUUCUCAGAAGACAAAUGAAGAGAAAGUUCAGAAAACCACUCGUUGUCUUCUCACCAAAGACUCUCUUGAAGAAGAAGGAAUGUGUCAGCAAUUUGUCUGAAUUCGAUGAAGGAACCAUCUUCCAAAGAGUUUUGACUGAUGAUUACAAACAUGCUAAUAUCACAAAGGUUAAGAAGGUUCUUUUCUGUAGUGGUAAGAUUUACUAUGACUUGUUUGAAGAAAGAGCCAAGAAGAAUAUGGAAAAUGAAGUUAUGAUUAUCAGAUUGGAACAAUUGAGUCCAUUCCCAUUCGAACAAUUAUAUCAAGUUAUGGACAAAUGGGACAAGGAAUGGAUGAAGACUGUUAACUGGACUUGGAUUCAAGAAGAACAUGAAAACAUGGGUGCCUAUACCUAUGUUGCUCCAAGACUUAAUAAGGCAAUCAAUACUGUUGUCCACGGUGAUAACAGAUAUAACCUUAUCAAAUAUAUUGGUAGAAAUGCUGCCUCUGCUCCAGCUACUGGUUUGAAGUAUGACCAUUUGAAGGAAAUUGAAUCCAUCAUGACUGCUGCCUUCAAAUUGUAAAUAAAUUUUUUAAUAAUU